AACAAAUCUCACCUUCCACAUCUCACACUCAGCUCCUACAUAACCACAUACCACCUCCCACCCACCCGCCCACCUAACAAACACAACACCCCAACACCUCAAUCCCACCUCAACACCAAAACCAACCCCAAAAUGAACGCCGCCUCCCUCGGCGACACCGCCCUCCAAUCCUCCGACCCCACCACCGCAACCCUACACUACACCACCGCACUCCUCACGCACCCCCGAUCGCCCAGCUACUUCAUCAAGCGCUCCACCGCCUUCUCACGGCUAAAGCCGACGCCGAAUCUCCCCGCCGCGCUCCGCGAUGCCGAGUCCGCUGUUCUGCUUGCCCGCGAGCGGGGCAAACGCGAGUUGAUCGUCGAGGCGCAGAUGCGCAGAGCCAUCGUGUUGUUUCUCAUGGGGAGGUAUGUUGCUGCUGAGGGGGUGGUGGGGGUUGUGGAGCGGAUGGUGGGGUUGGAUAAGGAUGGGAAUAAUGGGGAGGAUAAGGAGGAGAAGGUGAGGAGGGCGAUGGGGGGGGCAGCUGCUGGUGCUGCUGGGAAGGGUGUUGAGGCGGAGGUGAGGAUUUGGGGGGCGAAGAUUAGGGCGAAGGUGAGGGGGUUGGAGGGGAAUGGGGAGGGGGAUAAGGUGGAGGAGGUUCCGGUGGGGGUUAAGGUGCCUGGGGAGAAGGAGUUGAGGGCGCAGUUGGAGGAGUUGAGGGGGGGGAGUAGGAGUAAGAGUACGGUUGGGGGUGUUACUGAGAAGGAGGGGGGUCAGAAGGUUGAGGAUAAGGCUGGGAAGGGGGAAGUGGAGGAGAAAGCCGAGGUUAAGGAGACUCAGCAGCAGCAACAAGUCAAGGUCCGUCAUGAAUGGUACCAGUCCGGAGAGACGGUGGUCGUGACGUUGUACGUGAAAGGCGUACCUAAGGAUAAAGUGGCUAUUGAGCUGAAAGAGGACUCGACAUCCCUCCAAUUCCCCCUCCCCUCCGGCGCCGAAUACGACUUCACCCUCGACCCGCUCUUCGCCCCCAUCGACCCCUCCACCUCCAAGGUCUCCGUCUUCUCCACCAAGAUCGAAAUCUCCCUGCGCAAGAAAUCCCCAGGCCAGAAAUGGAGCGCCUUGGAAUCCUCCACCGGACUUACUCCCCAGCCUGUUACAACUACACCCAUCACCACUACCACCGCACACAUCAAACCACAAGCCCAGGGCCCAGCAUACCCUACCUCCUCCCGCCACGGCGCCAAAGACUGGGAUAAGCUUGCUUCAAGCCUAACCCAGAAGUCGAAGAAGGACAAACCCAAGAAUAAAGACGCGACCAAGGCAGAAGGGAAAGGAGAAGGAGAAGAUGAUGAUGAAGCAUCGGACGCCGAAUCCAUCAACUCAGACUUCGGCGGCGGUGAUGCCGUCGACGGGUUCUUCAAGAAACUCUAUGCGAAUGCGGACCCGGAUACCCGUCGCGCUAUGGUGAAGAGUUAUGUGGAGAGUCAGGGGACUUCGUUGAGUACGAAUUGGGAUGAGGUUGGUCAGGGACCGGUUAAGGUUAGGCCGCCUAGUGAGUGAUUUCUUUCUUUCUUUUCAUCUUUCUCUUCUGGGGGGAUAGAAUGGGGGAAGGAAGGAGGGAAGAAGGGGGAAGAGGAAGGAGAAUGCGAAUUGCAAGCGUGGAGUUUAUUUCCAAGGUCUACUUACUAUCCAUGUUGUGGGUGCAUGUGGGUGGUGUUUAUGGUUUGGUAGUUUGAUUUCUUAAUUCUCUUUGUUGCUUUGUCUUGCUAGUUGUAGCUUAGCUCUGCUUUGCUUGUAAUGGUAAUUUGUUUGAAAUUGAGACUGUGG